AAAUCUUCAGCUGCUUUUGCGAAGCAACCUGUGGAAAGCAAAACGUGAUCUUAUUGUCCUCUCUUUAUGCCAGUGUAAUUAUAAGGGGACAAAAAAUGAAGGCUGCAGUCGUAAGCAUCUUGCUGUUCGUGUUAACAUGUAGCCAUGCAAUGGAGAGAGGACGGGAUUACAUGAGGGAUAAAAUCUGUCAAGAAUUCAGCGUCUUGGGGAAAGAAAAAUUCCGUUCUAUAGCAAUUGUCUUGAACAGCAGGAAAUAUUGCAAUGCCACAUUUGAGGAAGUCAACAGUAUUGUGCAGGAGAUUGUUGCUCUUGCAGAAAAAUGUUGCGCUGAAGGAGCUGAUCCAGAAUGCUACACCACGGAGUCUUCAGCGCUCUCUGCCAAAUCCUGUGAUCCAAAUUCCCCUUUUCCUAAGCAUCCAGGGACAGCUGCCUGUUGUACUGAGGAAGGUCUGCCUCGAAAGCUGUGCCUGGCAGCCUUGAAACACCCACCCAAGGAGUCCUUUACAUACUUGGAGCCAUCCAAUGAGGAAAUAUGUGAGGCCUUCAGAAAGGAUCCCAAGGAUUUUAAAGACAGGUUUUUGUACAGCUUUUCCAGUGACUACAGCCAUGCCCCAUUGCCACUGUUGCUGACCUCUACAACAACCUACUUGUCCAUCGUCGGAACUUGCUGUACCCAUGCACAACCCACAGUCUGCUUCUUGAAAGAGAGGCUGGAGAGGAAGUCUCUUCGGACGCUCACAGACCUAUCCAACAAAGCAUGUUCCCGCUACGCCUUGUUUGGGAAAGAAAAAACAAGGCUCAGCUACUUGAUAGCAUUUACCCAGAAAAGUGUAAAUGCUUCCUUUGAGGAUGCCUCAUCCCUGGCCGAAGGUGCUUCUGAAGUGCUUUCCAAGUGCUGCGAUUCACUGGAAGAAGACUGCAUCCAGAAGGAGGUGUCAAAGCACACUGCCCAAAUCUGCGAAAAACUCUCAGCUAAAGAUGAAAGAAUUGACAAGUGUUGCAAUGGAAGCUGCCGCAAAGGAAAUGGCAACUUGCCAAAAUAUUUAUGCAUCUAUUCACUGCCGUGGGACAAGCCUGUCGAUCGUCCUGAACACCAAGGACCGUCUCAGGAGUGCCUUUGUAAUCUUGACUGUAGACAGCGAGAAUUGAAUCGCUAUAUUCAUUACUUUGCUCAGAUAUUUCCACGUACACCAGAGGCCCUCCUCGUCGCUCUGUAUGAAAAAAACCUAAAUGUGGUAAAUACAUGCUGCAGGGCUGAGAACAGGACAGCUUGCUUUAAAGAACAGAAAUUCCCAGCAAAGACAUUUGGUUUGAUUUCAAAAGGAAACUACAUGUGUUCAGUUUAUACAGAUUACACUUUCCUAGAAUUCAAGAAGAGACUGAGAGAGCACUAUCACAAGAUGCUUCCCAGUGCCUCUGAAGAUACCAUUAAUGGUCUGGUUGAGCAGAGGGCCACUUUUGCCUCUACCUGCUGCCAUUUGAAUGCACCUCCAUCCUAUUGUGGAUUGAAGGUUCAAUCUGAAGUUACUUACACAUGUACUGAAGAGGACUGCUUGACACAGAGCUAAUUGUGUAAAACGAAGAGCUUUGAGUUGCUGAACACCCUUCUGCAGCAGCUUCAAAUGCACGCAAUCCCCAGAUUUGGCUGACUCAACACUGCUGACCUCUGGAAUCAUCUAGCACCCCAACUAAGACCUAUUGACACCUUAAUAAAAGAGAUUUCCAUAUUUC